UCUUUGGGUUUUAGGUUUUAGGUUUUAGGUUUUUUUUUUCUGCUCGUAAACCUCACUGAUCCUCUCUCAGCGCCGAACUCUCUCACUUAAAUCUCCCUCAUCCCUUCCAUGUAAGCUUAUUCGAUUUUACUCGUAGACCAGUAGUAUUAUCACUAGUAGCCGCGACGAAGAAACCCUAAUUUCGCAUAGUUUUGCAAUACCAUAUCAGAGGCGUCAGUGAUGAGGAAGCUCAAGUUUCAUGAGAAGAAGAUUAUAAGGAAAACGAACUUCUUGGAAUGGAAGAGAGAAGGUGGCCAUCGCGAAAACCUCAUCACGACUCGUUACCACAUGGGUGGUCGUGACGAUUACAAAAAAUAUUCAGGGUUGUGUAGGAUGGUGCAGAAGCUGACUAAUGUAAUGAAACAGAUGGACCCAACUGAUCCUUUUCGGAUUCAGAUGACUGAUUUGCUCCUUGAGAAACUAUACAACAUGGGCGUUAUACCGACUAGGAAAAGCUUGGCUUUAACUGAUCGCUUAUCAGUUUCCUCCUUCUGUAGGCGUAGGCUAUCGACUGUACUGGUUCACCUGAAGUACGCAGAGCAUUUGACAGAAGCCGUGACGUAUAUAGAGCAAGGACACAUUCGUGUAGGACCAGACACGAUUACUGAUCCAGCUUUCUUGGUAACAAGGAACAUGGAAGAUUUCAUCACUUGGGUUGAUUCUUCCAAGAUUAAACGCAAGGUGCUUCAGUACAAUGACAAAUUAGAUGACUACGACAUGCUUGCUUGACUUUGAGAGAGGAGACUAGAAAAAACAGGCUGUGAUGUUUUGGAUUUACUAUUUCGUGAACAUAUAUAUAUAUAUUUACUUGACAUUUCUGUGAGCUGGAAUCAAAAGGCAGAACUUUCGUCUUAAUGCAUUUUUGUAAAUGUAUCAUCUUAUAAACGAGACCAAAACUGAGUGAUAAUCAUAGUAAGUUUAAAUUGA